AAGAAUCCCCAUAUCGUCUUCGUCCACUCUCCAACCUUCGACAGCAUUAUUAAAGACUCGGCUUUUCCACGAGUGUCUUUAAUGGUGUGGUUUUCUUGGAGCUAAACUUGUCAUCCUCGCAGUUACUCAUUUCUAAUCCAUUAUUAUUACAUGUAUCUAUGAUCUCUUUACUUAGUAUUCACCUGAAUACCUAGCACCUCUACAUCCUGUUUAUGCACAUGUUAUAACUUCUAGCGUCAUUCCCGUUGAUUGAAGAUCGAAGUGCAAAAUGAUUUCAUGUAAGUUCAAGUUCACUUUAGUCAUUGUGAAACAAGUCAUGAUAAUUAUUCAAAUAAAUGAGGAAGGAAACUAGCGAGUGUGCUCCAAGUUUCCAUUUCAGUGCGGACAACAAAACAGACAAGAGCUCGCUGGAACAAAGGGGUGAUGCAGCCAUGCUGAAUAGAACAAGACUGUUUUCAACAGCAGCAGUUCUCAUGUUGCUGGCAGGAGUUCAGGCUCAGUACAGUGUAACUCUCUCCUCUCAGAGUCUCUGUGCUGUUACUAGAUCUACAGUAAAAAUCCCCUGUACAUAUUCAAGCUCUUAUUAUCGCAGACCGAAGGAGUGGUAUCGAGUCCAGAGCUCUGAAGGAGAACCACAAGACCUGAGCAAAGAUCCACAAUACUCAGGACGAGUGUCUGUAAGCACAGUGACGUCUGACUGUGAGCUGACAGUGAGGAAUGUGAGAGCGAGUGACUCUGGAGUUUAUAACUUCAGAUUUAAACCAUACGGCAGUGGCUGGAUAUCAGCUCCAUCUGGAGUUCAUCUGACUGUUACAGACUUGCAGGUGAAGGUGGAUCCUAACACUGUAGGACAGAGAGAACUGAAACUGACCUGUAGCGCCACCUGCAGCUUCAGCACGUACCGUUUCUACUGGUACAGGAAUGGCCAAUACGAGCAAUACAUAACUAAGGCAUCGAUUGUGAUCGACUCCACCCAUCUAUCUAACGUGGGCAGCUACUCCUGUCAAGUGUACGAGAGUCAACACCGUUCUCCUCCAGUGUGUGUACUGGGAAAAGAGUGUUGGGGUGUGACUUACACUCCUGAACGUGUGUGUGCUCUGAAAGACACGUCGAUUGAUCUCUCCUGCUCUUAUAAACACCCUGCAGGACACACAGUGAUAAAAUCAGUCUGGUUCAUUAAAGAUCAGGCUGGAGUUGAACCUGUGGAUGUGAGAGAGGAUGAGGAGUAUCAGGGCCGAGUGCAGUACACACAGAUCUCCCAGAAUAACUGUAGUCUGAGAAUCACUAACCUGAGAGAGAUAGACGCUCAAACAUACAGAUUCAGAUUCUACACUGAUGAUCCUACAGGCAAAUACACCGGUGAUCGUGGAGUCUCUCUGUCUGUCACAGGUAAAGCUGUAUGA